AAUUCUGGCCUUGGCCUUUGCAAUCGCCAUGGAUUUCUUGCACGAUGUUCGAUUCGAGAGCACUCUUCUCUGUAUCUCUUUGCUUGAAUUUUACAGAUUCCUCUCCUUCUCUCGUGUUUCUCGCUCGAAAAUGCGGUAGAUUGAUUAUGUCUCAUUUAUUUUCUGUUCUCUUCUGUCGUUUCUUCCAUUGCUAAUCAUGAUUGUUGUGUGGUGUAAACUUGUUUAACUCAAUGUCAUUCCAGAAUUUCUGUUACGGUGAUUCAUAAUUUCGACCUUAAUGACAGCCAAUACAUCUUCUUGCUUUCAGAUAAGAGCAUCGAAUUAAUAUUAUUUUUAUCAAGAAAGAAUAAAAGAACAUCAUGCACUCAAAAACAAUUCUCGAUGGAGGGCGGGUUUCAGGAAAGGUUAGCGUUACGAAACAGAUUUGGAGGUGUAAUCAUAAUUCGAUAAGCUGCGCAUUGUUUUCGUUUCUGUCCAGUUUUCACAGCAGAGAGGGAAUUUUAAUUGUAGGGAUUCCUUAAUUACGAUUCUACUCCAUUUCAAUUUGUGUUCUAAUUCUGAAUCCAAACACUGCUCUCUCUCAAAUUUAAUCUUCCCAUGUAUUGUUGAUUCAUAAGGUUUAGGGCAUGAAAAAUUAUAGGAUCGAGGAGACAACUACAAUGUAGCUCAUAGUUUUGCACCAUUUGAUGUAGCCAAAAACUGUUACAAUAGCACCUCAAAGUGAGGGUUUACUAAAGGCAUGAAAAAUUCGAAUUCACAUCCUACUGUUAUUAAGAGACAACCACAUUUUCCACAUUUUCCAAGGAGCAUGAAAAAAUUGCACUCUUUUAAUGGAGCCCAUAAUACUUCCAACGGUCUGAUGCAGCUUUUGCAAGGAUUGCUCCAAGAUUAUGUGCAGUCUCUGCUCAAUGAGAAGAUCAUUGAUGAGAGGUUUUCUCAGAUUCGAACAAAGCUUGAAGAGCCUGAUUUUAUUCAAUUGAUCAAUGUGUAUCUCAACGAUGUUGAAUCAAGAUUAUCUGAAUUCAGUUGCUUCAUUGAUUCUGUGGACGUCAAUUUCUCUAAGCUGAGUAUGAUGGCCCACAAAAUAGAGGAGAAAAGCACCCGCAUUGGUGCACGCCACAUGAAGCUAGCAUCUAUACAUCUCAUCCAAGCUUGUGAUAAAGAGGAUCAUAAACUUGUCUCUCAAUCUCUUUGUUGGAUGAAGCAUGAGUUCAUCAAUACUCGAAACAAGCUUCAGCCAGUUCUUCAGAUGGAACAGAGGAUUUUGAGGCUUAUGAGCAAGCAAACUUAGAUGGGGCCUGUUUGGUUACAUCUCAUCGUUUGUGUUUGUUUGUUUGUUUGUUUAAGAUGAGCUUUGUUUUUAUUUUCUUUUGGUAUUAGUGCUCCUAUUUGUAAUAUUAUGAGCGAGUAAAUGAAAUUGAGUCACGUUUUGCCGUUUUAAAUUGAAUAUAUGAUUAAUUAUUUUCGG